AUGGAUGAGGAAAACAUGACGAAAAGCGAGGAGCAGCAGCCUCUGAGUUUGCAAAAAGCCUUACAGCAGUGCGAGUUGGUCCAAAACAUGAUAGACCUGAGCAUCUCCAACCUGGAAGGGCUUAGGACCAAAUGUGCUACUUCCAACGACCUCACACAAAAAGAAAUCCGGACCCUGGAGAGCAAGCUGGUGAAAUACUUCAGCCGGCAGCUGUCCUGCAAAAAGAAGGUAGCCCUGCAGGAGCGCAAUGCCGAGCUGGACGGCUUCCCCCAGCUCCGGCACUGGUUCCGGGUCGUCGACGUGCGGAAGGAAGUCCUGGAGGAGAUCACCCCGGGCCAGCUGAGUCUGGAGGACCUCUUGGAGAUGACGGACGAGCAGGUGUGUGAGACCGUGGAGAAAUACGGGGCCAACCGGGAGGAGUGUGCCCGCCUCAAUGCCUCCCUCUCCUGCCUACGGAACGUCCACAUGUCAGGAGGCAACCUUACCAAACAAGACUGGACCAUCCAGUGGCCCACCACGGAGACGGGGAAGGAGAACAACCCCGUGUGCCCCCCGGAGCCGACCCCGUGGAUCCGCACCCACCUCUCCCAGAGCCCCAGGGUCCAGUCCAAGUGCGUCCAGCACUACUGUCACGCCAGCCCCAGCCCAGGGGCCCCCGUGUACACCCACGUGGACAGGCUCACGGUGGACGCCUACCCGGGCCUGUGCCCGCCCCUGCCACUGGAGUCGGGCCACCGGUCCCUGCCUCCGUCGCCCCGGCAGCGGCAUACGGUCCGCACCCCGCCGCGCACCCCCAACAUCGUCACCACCGUGACCCCGCCCGGCACGCCACCCAUGAGGAGGAAGAACAAGCUGAAGCCCCCGGGGACCCCGCCGCCCUCUUCCCGGAAGCUGAUCCACCUGAUCCCGGGGUUCACGGCCCUGCAUCGGAGCAAGUCCCACGAGUUCCAGCUGGGUCACCGCGUAGACGAGGCCCACACGCCCAAAGCCAAGAAGAAAAGCAAGCCGUUGAACCUCAAGAUCCACAGCAGCGUGGGCAGCUGUGAAAAUAUCCCCUCCCAGCAGCGCUCCCCGCUGCUGUCCGAGCGCUCGCUCCGCUCCUUCUUUGUGGGACACGCGCCCUUCCUGCCCUCCACCCCUCCCGUCCACUCCGAGGCCAACUUCUCCUCAAACACACUGUCAGUGCCACGCUGGUCCCCACAGAUCCCUCGCAGAGACCUCGGCAACUCCAUCAAGCACAGGUUUUCCACGAAGUACUGGAUGUCUCAGACAUGCACAGUCUGUGGGAAGGGGAUGCUUUUUGGCCUCAAGUGUAAAAACUGCAAGUUAAAGUGCCACAACAAAUGCACCAAAGAAGCCCCACCCUGUCAUCUUCUGAUCAUCCACCGAGGGGAUCCCGCAAGGUUAGUCCGGACAGAGUCUGUUCCGUGUGACAUCAACAACCCUCUACGAAAGCCACCCCGGUAUUCGGACCUGCACAUCAGCCAGACGCUCCCUAAGACCAACAAAAUCAACAAGGACCACAUCCCUGUUCCUUACCAGCCAGACUCUAGCAGCAAUCCCUCGUCCACAACAUCCUCCACGCCCUCCUCGCCAGCGCCCCCACUCCCUCCCAGCGCCACGCCGCCUUCUCCCCUGCACCCUUCUCCACAGUGCACAAGGCAGCAGAAGAACCUCAACCUGCCAGCGUCCCACUACUACAAAUACAGGCAGCAGUUCAUUUUCCCAGAUGUGGUGCCGGUGCCAGAGACGCCGACCCGGGCACCCCAGGUCAUCCUGCAUCCAGUGACCUCGAAUCCAAUCUUGGAAGGAAAUCCAUUACUUCAAAUUGAAGUGGAGCCAACCUCAGAGAACGAGGAGGGUCACGACGAGGCCGAGGAGUCGGAGGAUGACUUUGAGGAGAUGAACCUGUCCCUGCUCUCGGCCCGGAGCUUCCCGCGCAAGGCCAGCCAGACCAGCAUCUUCCUUCAGGAGUGGGACAUCCCCUUUGAACAGCUGGAGAUCGGCGAGCUCAUCGGGAAGGGCCGCUUCGGGCAGGUGUACCAUGGCCGCUGGCACGGGGAGGUGGCCAUCCGGCUGAUCGACACUGAGAGGGAUAAUGAAGACCAGCUCAAGGCCUUCAAGCGGGAGGUGAUGGCCUACAGGCAGACGCGGCACGAGAACGUGGUGCUCUUCAUGGGCGCCUGCAUGAGCCCGCCCCGCCUGGCCAUCAUCACCAGCCUCUGUAAGGGCCGGACACUCUAUUCUGUGGUCAGGGAUGCCAAGAUCGUCUUGGAUGUCAACAAAACGAGGCAGAUUGCCCAAGAAAUUGUGAAGGGCAUGGGCUACCUCCACGCCAAGGGAAUCCUGCACAAGGACCUCAAGUCCAAGAACGUCUUCUAUGACAACGGCAAAGUGGUGAUCACAGACUUCGGGCUCUUCAGCAUUUCCGGGGUGCUGCAGGCUGGCAGGCGUGAUGACAAGCUGCGUAUCCAGAGCGGCUGGCUGUGCCACUUGGCCCCGGAGAUCAUCCGCCAGCUGUCUCCAGACACAGAGGAAGACAAGCUCCCCUUCUCCAAACACUCGGACGUCUUUGCGCUUGGGACAAUCUGGUAUGAACUCCAUGCCAGAGAGUGGCCUUUCAAGACCCAACCAGCAGAGGCAAUAAUCUGGCAAAUGGGCACAGGCAUGAAACCCAACCUCAGCCAGAUUGGCAUGGGAAAAGAAAUCUCGGACAUUCUUCUCUUCUGCUGGGCCUUUGAACAAGAAGAGAGACCUACCUUCACCAAGCUUAUGGACAUGCUGGAGAAACUGCCAAAGCGAAACCGCCGCCUGUCUCACCCUGGACAUUUCUGGAAGUCUGCAGAGUAA